UAUUCCGCCGAAGCCACCUCUAGCUGGGGGCUCGGGAGAGAAAGACGCAGCUGGGCCCCUGCCGCCCCUCGAGCCGGGUGGGUGAGCCCGUUCCCGGUGCAUCAGGAGGCAGGCCCGGCCAGGGGCGAGCGGCCAGCACCCAGCCCCGCGCACCUCCCCGCGGGCGGGGCCGGGCCCGGCUGGGCACGGCUGUCAUCGGCUCGAUUUAAGGAUGGUCUGAGCUGCCCUUCCGGGCUGCUCUCGCAGGCUUCGGCCGGUCAGGCGAGGCGAGGCGAAGCGGCGUGAGAGAGGGUACUUAGGGAGAACAGCCGUUGGCAGCUCAGUGCCGGAUGGCUAACGCGCGACUGGGCCCAGCAGCACCCCGGCGGACAACUCGACCCGUAUCCCGAGCUGCGUCGCGGACAAAGCCACGCGCCCGGCCCGGACUACGACUCCCGGCGGGCUCUGCGACCGCUCCCGGGCAGCCCACCGCGCACUGCGCUGGCCAGCUUGACAGCCAGGUGCCCUACUCCGCCAACUCUGCGCCCCGCCAGGUACGCUGGCCUUCUCGCGGUCUUCCCCGUGUCUCUUUAUUCCAACUGCCUGAAACUCGGCCCCACGAAUGGCAGGCAGCGUCCAAAAUUCAACCCCGUAGAACCAGCGCCAGCCAAUAAAGCGCAUGGAUGGAGGCCACGUGACAGCAGUGGGCCGGCGCUCCGGUGGAGCCCUGAUCUCUAUGGUUUCCGCGACUCGCUAGAAGGAGUGUGGUCCACUGGAGGACUCCCUACAUUCUUCCUCCAUUACCUCACUGCCUCCGGUGGCUGCUGGGAUACCGGAGGACUCGGGUCCCGGCUCGACUCAGUCCUCCAGCCGCCCGGGGAAUACCUCUAGUUCUUCCCGGCCGCCGCCGCCGCCCCGCCGCUUCC